UCGUGACGUCACCGGCUCCCUCUAUGAAUCAAAACAUGGCGGCUGCCAUGGAGCUGAGAUGCUGGGGAGGAGACUGGGGAUUGCCCUCCGUCCACAGCGAGUCUCUGGUAGUUCUGGCAUACGCCAAGUUUUCUGGAGCCAAACUCACAGUGUCUCCCAUAGACUGGACAUGGAAAACUCUAACAGCAACAGUCCCAGAGUUGAUCUGUGGAAACUCUGCACUUCAAGAACCUACACAGAUUCUCAACUUCCUGAGGAAACAGAGGUUUAAUGCAGACUAUGAGCUGUCAGCCAGACAAGGAGCAGACACCAUGGCAUACAUCGCUCUGCUUGAAGAAAAACUGCGACCUGCUCUGCUGCACACUUUCUGGGUGGAUGCAGAAAACUACGCCAAUGUGACGAGGCCAUGGUUUGCCUCACGCUCUCCAUUCCCUCUUAACUUUCUCGUUCCCAGUAGCCAUGCAAACACAGCCCUCUCCCGCAUCCUUUUAACCAAAGGAGAGGCGCCUCUGCACAGAAUCACUGAGGUGGAGGGAAAGAUCUAUAGUGAUGCAAAAGAGUGCCUGAAUCUCCUCUCCUACAGACUGGGAUCAGCAAACUACUUCUUUGGCAACUCGCCGACCAGUCUGGACGCCUUUGUGUUUGGGUUUUUGGCACCACUUUACAAAGCAAGUCUCCCGAGUAGCCCACUGCAGAGCCACCUCAGACAGCUGGAUAACAUCACGGGCUUCUGUGACAACAUCCUCGCAGUCUACUUCAGCUCAGACCACCCUUGUCCUCCCCCACCUGUUCAAGAAACAAUGGAUGCCAACCUUCAGAAACUAACGCAGCUUGUAAAUAAAGAAUCCAACUUGAUAGAGAAGGUGCUUCUGCUUUCCUUUUAUCUUCUUUGCAUGGUUGCAUUUGGCAGAUGGAUGACAACCUUCGCAGCAGCCCUCAGCACAAACCCCACAGACCAGACCCCAAACCCAGCCUGGCCAGUGAGAAGAACUCUACGCCUGCCUAACCCCUGACCUGUCAACCCUGAUCUAGCCUUAUGAAUGGAGAAGAAACAGCCUGUAGAUGGAAGGUGCUCAACAUACUGAAAUCCAAAAAUCCAGUCAUCCAGCUGAACUAUAACUUGAAUGGCAAAUAACUAAGGGAAGUACGACCACAUAAUUAUAAAAGAGACUAUUUCACUGCAAGAUAAUGAUGAUAUAUUUCAAAGAUGUUAGUUUGAAAGUGAAGGAAAAGUGCAUGUGUGAGGUUUUUAUAAAAGUUCAGUGCAUGUACUGUGCCACGGAUGGAAUGCUAUGAAGAGGUGCUCAAUGAGAAAGACGCAGGAAGUUCAAAGGAAAGCCAAAAUGAAAAGUCCAGCAGGGAAGAGAAGUGGCACUGUUUGACAUUUGAGUGGGCCGCCUGUCCAUUUCUCUUUUAACCCCUUCGAUUUUUAUCUUCUAUAAAAAAUUACUUUCUUUUUGACCUUUUCUGUUCUUUAUCACAUUACAGUUGAUUGGCCAGAGAAAGCAUGUGGGAAUGUCCUCACUGGCUUCUUGAGGUUAUUGAACUAACUGAGUUAGAGAUACUUCUGUAACUCAAGUAAAAUAGUGUUUGGCCAGAGCACCAUACGAGAAUGAGAUUUGUUGGGUUACCUUGUUUUUUUUAAGUUUAUAAUUCUGUGCUACAUGAUAGAGCAUCUCACAUCCUUUAGCACCCCUCUGAGCACACGUCCCUUGUGUACAGUAUGUACAGUAUGUAUGCAGUCAUGAUGACAGAAAUAACCAGUUAGUUUUAUUGCUUUGCUCUUACCUGCUCUGCUUUGUAUAGCUUGUAUAGUUGUAAAUAGUCUCAUGAUUAAAAACAAUGCAAUUUAUUUCUGGUUUCCUCUAAUAGAGCUGAUCAGCUUGUUCAUAGUCUUUGUUAGAAUCACUGAGGUAAUGAAAGGGCCUUUCACACUGUAUUAACUUAUUCAUGCAAAAUAUUUGGGAUUAAUGUGUUUGUGUGUUUUCCCAAGGACCAUCAGAAACCAGUGUGUCUUUCAUUACUGUUUCUUUCAAAAUAUUCUGUGUUAUUUGUACCACUUUUUGCCGUGGUUUUCCUCAACCAUUUUUGCACAACUUAUUUUUGUUAUGAUUUUCUGCUGUGUUGUCAUUUGCUGUGCUAAUUUAACAGUCAGUCAACACCUGAAGCCUCGUCUAUUUAGUGCGUCUCAUUAACUGCCUUUUUUUUAAUCUUACUGUCUGAAUUUCUAAAAUCUGAAAUUGGACUGUGAGUGAGUUGCCAUGGGGUUUUUUUUGUUUUGUUUUGUGUUUUUGUUUUUGUUUUUUUUACUGUAGUGUCCCCUACUAUCCUCACAAAUCAUGUAUUACUGAACUGUGUCUCUUCCAUGUGAUUACUUCCAUCAUUUCUCUGUGUCUCAGUCUCAAAGUAUUAUUAUUUAUAAAAAUACUUGGGCUCUUGCAACUUCCAAAAGAUGAAUUCAUGGUUACAUUCCCUUUAAAACCACAUAUGUUUAAGCAAAUCCAUUCAUGCGUGCAUCUGUGUGCACGUGCGUGUGCUGCCGGUGGAUUAUAACAGGUUUGUGAGGACCACAUGGGUGCAGUGUGCCUUCAUGACAGCAAGUGUCUUUGUAUGAUUGUCAAAAUGUUGUCAUACGUUAUCAUAAAUGAUGUGUAUUUUCUUCUGUUACAGUUGUUCAUUCUCUGUGGAUUAUUGGCAACAACUGUCCUCAUAUUGAAAUACAAAUAUGAUAAACCAAACAUG